UCUCUUUAGCUAGGCUAGUUAAUGUAGCUAACUAUCAAAAUACUCAAUUACCCAGCUAUUCUUAGGUAAGUAUCCGUGUAAAAUUAGAUAUGUUAGUCAAUUCCAUAUUCAAUGCAGCCGGAAACUAGCAGCCGAGCUGGUUAGAGUAGCUAAGUGCGGUAGGUUAGAGUAUGAGCGUGGGCUAGCUAACUAGCAGCUUAAAGUGAUUGACGGGAGGAGAGGCUGAGAGAGGAAGCGCGUGCUGGAGUGAAAUCAGUCAACAUCUCACUGGAGAGUUUAACCUCCUGUGUUUACGGUGACGGUUUGUGUUUGGAGAAUUGGGACGUGUUCUGUUGCUAGGAGACGCGCGAUGGCGUCCUGUGGAGGUAAAUCAGCGGGAAUAGAGCCGGGAUCACUCUGAUGUCGGGUUAGUAAAUGUCAUUGUCAGAUGCAGGUAUCCAGGGACGCUUACAGAGCAGGAUACACACACACACACACACACACACGGAGGGACCUCAACACCGAUCACAUCGGAAAUCUUUCGCGACACAAAAUUAAACCUUGUUACACUUUAGAAAAGAUGUUUGACGCGAUUCGGUCUUUAAUGCAGGAUUUAACUAACAGCGGAAGAUGUGCAGUAAAUGAUAAAAUCCUCACGUCAUCCGAAGAUCUUAGCAUCGAGGACUUCAGAGUUCUCACCUUGCUCGGUAAGGGCUCCUUUGCCUGCGUCUACAGAGCCAAAUCUGUCAACACUGGCUUGGAAGUGGCAAUCAAAAUGAUUGAUAAGAAGGCCAUGCACAAAGCUGGCAUGGUGCAACGUGUCAUUAACGAGGUGGAGAUCCAGUGUCGGUUAAAACACCCCUCAGUGCUGGAGCUGUACAAUUACUUUGAAGACAGCAAUUAUGUGUAUCUGGUCCUGGAGAUGUGCCAUAACGGAGAAAUGAGCCGUUAUCUGAAAGACAGGAAGAAGCCUUUCACAGAAGAAGAAGUGAGACACUUCAUGCACCAGAUUGUGAAGGGCAUGCUGUAUCUGCACACUCAUGGCAUUAUGCACAGAGACCUGACUCUGUCGAACCUGCUUCUCACCAGUAGCAUGAACAUUAAAAUCGCCGACUUUGGCUUGGCCACGCAGCUCAAGCUGCCUAGUGAGAAGCACUUCACCAUGUGUGGCACUCCCAACUACAUCUCUCCUGAGGUGGCCACUCGGAGUGCCCACGGCCUGGAGUCGGACGUCUGGUCUCUGGGCUGUAUGUUCUAUGCCUUUCUGACGGGCAGGCCCCCCUUCGACACAGACACUGUCAAACACACCCUCAGUAAAGUGGUUUUAGGGGAGUACCAGAUGCCCACUCAUGUGUCAGCUGAAGCUCAGGAUCUUAUUCAGCUGCUGCUGCAGAAGAAUCCUGCCCUGAGGCCCAGCCUGUCAGCAGUGCUAGACCACCCUUUCAUGACUCAGAGUGGAUCCACGUCAAGUAAAGACUCUGGGGGCAGUGAUGGAGGCUCCAUGGACAGUGGCAUAGCGACGAUAUCUACAGCGUCCAACACUACCAGCAACAGCAGCAGCAGUCGGCUCCACAGGAAAACCAGGCAGGUGAUUGGGCAGGCCUUACCCAACCGCAUGGUGCCACUGCCCAGCCAUUCGCAGCAAUCCAGCAGCUCCAGCCUUAAGGGAGAGCAGGACUGGCAGCCACAUGCACCAGGCAGUGUGAGGGUUCCUGUGGAGCUUGUCAGUGGAAGGCCUCAUUCUCGCUACCUGAGACGGGCUCACUCCUCUGAUCGCUCUGGUGCUGGCUAUAGCCAUGCUAGGCAGGAGGUGGAGCUGGAGCGAUGCCACUCGGAGGAGGUGCUUCCGGGAUCUGGUCGCAUUUUCCCAUCAACCUCCAACUAUCAGGACAACGGCAAUGGCUAUGCUGGACAUGGACGUCUACCCUCUCCACCUGUCAAACAGCCUGCAAGCUCUGGGUCUUCCUUUUCUGCUCCGGUGCAUCCUAUUAGAUUACAGACAGCAGAAUCUAGCACACAGCCAUGGUUCAGCACCGAUGGUUCUUUCAAGAGACCAGCAGACGUCAGCAGUUACAGCAGCAGUGGUAGUUUCCAUUCUGGGCGAGAGGCAGUUGGGGCUCUGCCUUCCUGCAGUGAUCAACCAACAGUGAGAGCAACAAGUGGCCUUCCUCCUCAAUUAUACCACCAAUCCUCCUCUCACAGUGACCCCGGUCCCUGUAGGGAGGAUGGGUUCGGAAUGAGCCACUUCCCAACACCUCAGGGCUGUGUGGAUGUCCAAAAUGCUCCCCUGUCCAGGAGCAAAGCUAAUGAGGGAAAGGAGAAGAAGAGUCCUCUGUUUCCUCCUCUCUGUGCAGCCAGACUGAAGCCCAUUCGACAGAAGACCAAAAAUGCUGUGGUCAGUAUCCUAGAUACAGGAGAGGUGUGUAUGGAGCUUCUAAAAGGCCAAGGAGCUCAGGAGAGGGUCAAGGAAGUACUGAGGAUAUCCUCUGAUGGCUCCAUGGUGACUGUGUACCAGCCCAAUGAGGGGAAAGGCUUCCCUGUGCUGGAUCAUCCGCCCUCUCCCCCAGAAGACAUUUUUAUAUGCAGCUAUGAAGAUUUACCAGAGAAGUACUGGAAGAAGUAUCAAUAUGCCACCAAGUUUGUUCAGUUGGUGAAAUCAAAGACUCCAAAAAUAACCUUGUACACCAAGUUUGCCAAGUGCAUGUUAAUGGAAAAUUCUCCCAAUUCAGACCUGGAAAUGUGCUUCUAUGACGGUGCAAAAACCCAUAAGACAAGCGAACAGGUGCGAGUGGUGGAGAAAAGUGGCAAGUCGUACACAGUGAAAGGGGAUGUAGGUUUAAGCGGCAUAAGCCCUGAGUGCAGACGUUACAUGGAGCUCACAGAUGAGGGGCACAGGAUGUGUCUGUCUCUGGAGGCUGCCAUCAGUGCUGAGGAGCAGCGUAGUGCUGGAGCCACUCCAUUCUUCCCCAUAACUAUCGGCAGGAGGCCCACUAACUCUGCCUCCUCCUGCCCAGUGGCCCAGCCUGCCUCUGAACAGGCUCCUACAGCUCCUGGUGAAGUUGCUCAGGUGUGCCUGAGUCCGCCUCACCAACUCCACAUCACCCCUUCUAUGAUUUCCUACAGUGGGUCUGAUUUUACAACAGCCAGUUUGGCUAAAGUCAGCUCCCCGCGCUCGGCCAAAGAUGGAUGUAGCAUCAGCGCAGGAAAAGUGCUGAAGUCCAUCUUUGUACCCAACAUCGGCUGGGCCUCUCAGCUAACAAGUGGAGAAGUCUGGGUUCAGUUUAAUGAUGGGUCCCAGCUGGUGGUCCAGGCAGGCGUCUCCUGCAUCACAUUCACCUCUCCUGAAGGACACAUCACCCGGUAUAAGGAGAAUGAGAAGUUACCUGAGCUGGUUAAGGAGAAGCUGCAUUGCCUUUCAUCCAUUCUCAGCCUUUUGGCGAGUCCUGCUGCACGACGCUGAGCAGCGACACUUACGCAGAAAAGACGGAGCCCAUGCUAUGAUCACCAUGCAAAGCAGUCAAAAGCACUUCCUUUUUUUUUCUUUUUUUACUUCAUCCAUUGUAAAUUCUCUUCCUCAAAAUGCAUUAAAUGUCUGUAAAUACAUUUUAAACAGUUGUACAGAUUGUUCCAAAACUAUGAAAAAUAUAUAUUUUUAUGUUGUAUAGUGUGUUUCUUGAACUUCUUGUCUUUUGCCUUUAUAAUUUUUUUACCUUGCAACAGUGUAUCCCCUGGGCUUCAGUGAAAAGUCAGAUGUACAAACAUAUCAACAAUAAACAUCUGUCUGCUGGCUAAUGUGA